AAUAUUACCACCAACACCGAAAUCGAGGAUCAUCUCCCCCCUGUGGAGGCAACCUCUUGUGUUGGUGUUGGUGCCAAUUUCCAGGUCUCCAAUACCUCGCGUCCUCAACAUACGUUUUCACUGUCGUUGCGCUCCGUUCCCCCUGGCAGCAUCGGCAGCACAUCCUUUGGCAGCCAUGGUGAAGAUCAGCGUGCUGCGCGACUGCCUGAACGGCAUCGUCAACGCGGAGAAGCGGGGCAAGCGCCAGGUCGUCGCUUCAGCUCCUCCCCAGAGGAAGCCUUCGGGAUCUCGCCAGGGCUCGCCAUGGCUUGGUGCGAUCGCCGCACGGAGCCUUGGCCAACAAGCGGCAGCUGUGGCUGUGCUCGCUGUCCGUCGGAGAGCAGGCGACCUGGAGAUCAUCGACGACCACCGCGCCGGCAAGGUCGUGGUAGACCUGAUCGGGCGCAUUUUGUGCGGUGUCAUCUCCCCGCGCUUCGACGUCGCCCUCGGGGGCAUCGAGCAGAUUGCGAGCGACCUGCUGCCCUCCCGCCAGUUCGGCCACGUCGUCCUGACGACGCCGUACGGGAUCAUGGACCAGGAGGAGGCGCGUCGGAAACACACCGGCGGGAAGAUCCUGGGCUUCUUCUUCUGAGAAGGGCGGCGGGCCAGGGCACGGCCCCGUCGGCGCGAUGCGCGCACCUGCGGCAGUGGUCGCUGCGACACGGGGAAGAAUCGCGCGUGCUCGUUGGAAGAGAAGAG